AUGUCAUUAGCUACUUGGCGAUUGGAUGCGGGUACGGCGUCUCGUUCGGCUAGAACGGCGGACAGUCAAAGUUACUUCCCUCCCGGCUUUUCACCAAUCGGUCAAGCAAUGCAACAAAAUGUGGAAGCUGAGGCGGCUGCAGAUCAACAAGAGCACUUGAUGCGAAAACGUGCUUGGGACGUAGCAAUGGGACCGGCUAAAAGUUUGCCUAUGAACAUGUUUAUGAUGUAUAUGGCUGGACGUUCGAUUUCGAUUUUUCCUAUAAUGAUGGUUGCAAUGAUGUUAUGGCGUCCACUUAAGACGAUGUUUUCUGUAAAUAGCACUUUUAAACCGCUACAAGACGAUAAAACUGGUUCAUUGAUUUUGCACAAGAUUUUAUUUGUUCUUGGAAAUUUUGGCGUUGUAGCUCUCGCAAUAUAUAAGGUUCAUUCAAUGGGAUUACUGCCUAAUUAUGAUUCUGAUUGGCUCGAAUUUAUUCCGGAAGCCCAGCGAGGUAGUUUUUCGCUUUCAAAUGGAGAUAUUUUUAUC